GUGCCCUUCGUGCCCUCCAUUUCUGAGGAGGAAGUGCAAGCCGCGCAGGCGGCCUGGGCCAAUGCCAUCAAAGGCAUCUCCAAGACUUACCUUGCUGGAGGUGACUACGUUGCAGAGGCCACCAAGGCUGCCGGUGAGCUGUACGGAUAUGGCCACACGAAUGUGCUCUUCAAGCCAACCAAGGCAGCCGCUCACCAGUUCCGACCCACGGCUUCUGACGCAAUGUCGUAUUUCGUUGGACACAAGGCAGUGGCAAACGGUCAUGCGGAG